GAACCAUGACGGCGGGCCCCUUGUCAGCUGGUCGGGAGCUAUCCGAUCCUCCGAAGGACGGCAUUUCCAACCUCCGCUUCUCCAACCACAGCGAUCUACUCCUGGUUUCUUCCUGGGAUAAUACUGUUCGAUUGUACGAUGCCAGCGCUAAUGCGCCUUCUACCUUGCGAGAAACCUUCUUGCACGGAGGUGCGGUGCUAGACUGCUGUUUCCAUGAUGAUUCUUCAGGUUUUAGUGCCGGCGUUGAUUAUACUGUUAGAAGGUAGGGUGAAUUCUUAAGGCUUGCAUGCACUCACAUCCCAGACCCAACUUCCGGGACUACACUGGGUUGUUGUGACUUGUAUUCAGUCAUAAAAGAGAUGAUAUUUUGGGGAGGCAUAAUGCACCUGUUCGCUGUGUUGAAUACUCAUAUACUGGACAAGUGAUCAGCGGUAGCUGGGAUAAAACCUUAAAGUGUUGGGAUCCAAGAGGUGCUAGUGGGCAGGAACACACUCUUGUUGGGACAUAUGCACAACCAGAGCGUGUUUACUCUCUGUCUCUUGUUGGCAAUCAUUUAGUGGUAGCUACUGCUGGAAGGCAUGUUAAUGUUUAUGAUCUGCGAAAUAUGUCGCAACCUGAGCAACGGAGGGAGUCGUCACUGAAAUAUCAGACAAGAUGUGUACGUUGUUAUCCUAAUGGAACAGGCUAUGCUCUUAGUUCGGUUGAAGGUCGUGUUGCCAUGGAAUUUUUUGAUCUCUCUGAGGCUGGACAAUCCAAAAAAUAUGCAUUCAAAUGUCAUCGAAAAGCUGAUGCCGGAAGGGAUAUAGUGUAUCCUGUAAAUGCUAUCGCAUUUCACCCCAUAUAUGGUACUUUUGCAACAGGAGGCUGCGAUGGAUAUGUUAAUGUUUGGGAUGGAAACAACAAAAAGAGGUUAUAUCAGUAUCCAAAAUACGCUGCAAGCGUUGCAGCCUUGUCAUUUAGCAGAGAUGGCAAACUACUGGCUGUGGCCUCAAGUUACACAUUUGAAGAGGGCGAUCGAGAUCACGAGCCAGAUGCCAUAUUCAUCCGCAGUGUGAAUGAAGUCGAAGUGAAGCCAAAGCCUAAAGUAUUGCCCAAUGCUGCUCUACCUAAAGUUUGACACAUCUUUCCAUUCUUUGGGUAAUUCAACCAUCCAAAAAGUGUAUUUUACCCUUCUCAUCAAAUGAUUGGCUCCCUAAUCUAUUGUAUACCUUACUUAUGGUAUAAGUAUCACCGUUAUUAGAAGAGGUGGUGUACACUAUAUGCACAUCAUACCUCCAUAUUAGUCUCUCUCACUAUUCCUUUUCUUCUUCCUCACUUGAGCUCCAAGCUCUAUUAAUGG